AUGACCAAAGACCAACUCAACAAAAACCACAGUAGUACCAUUCACCGCCGAUUACUGGAAAAAACGAAGCUGAAAUAUUCAAGAGCUGAUCGUUUCGGAAAAGAAACCAUCAGAGGAAGAUUCGAAGUAGAUGAGAGAUCUGGAGUGGUCAGAACCAGAGGUACAGAUCUCUUCCAACUAGACAUGGAGUACGUGCUUUAUGUCAAAGCUGAAGAUCAAAAUGGGCGGGUGGAUGACAGAAGGUUCCAGAGCACUCCAGAGGAGAGAUUGUCGAUAGUUGGUGGAAAAAGAGCUCCACAGUUCUACAUGCCGAGUUAUGAAGCGGAAAUUCCAGAAAAUCAGAAAAAAGACUCUGACAUAAUCUCCGUGAAAGCGAAAUCUUUCGCUGAUCGCGAAAUACGCUACACACUCAAAGCACAAGGCCAAGGGGCGGGUACCUUCAACAUCGGUCCUACUUCUGGGAUAGUCAAACUAGCCAAGGAACUAGACUUCGAAGAUUUGCGACAGCCACACGUAUACUCGCUGGUUGUCACUGCGACAGAGGAUUCAGGCGGAUUUUCUACAUCGGUAGAGCUGACAAUAAGAGUGACUGACGUUAACGAUAACGCACCAAAGUUCGAGCUUCCCGACUACCAAGCGCACAACGUGGACGAAGACAUACCAGCCGGAACUAGCAUCCUCAAGGUCAAAGCGAUGGACGCUGACAGCGGCACGAAUGCCGAAAUCGAGUACCUAGUUUCGGAUGACCACUUCAGCGUCGAUCCCACCGGCAUUAUAUCCAACAACAAACAACUGGACGCCGACAACAACAACGCCUACUACGAGUUCUCGGUGACGGCGAAAGACAAAGGAGAACCUUCCAAGACUGGCCAGGCGACAGUAAGGAUUUACACGAAGAACAAGAACGACGAGGAACCGAAGUUCUCGCAACAAGUUUACACGCCUAACGUCGACGAAAACGCAGGACCCAACACCCUAGUGACAACAGUGGUGGCUUCGGACAAGGACGGCGACAACGUUCGGUUCGGUUUCGUCGGAGGCGGUACCAGCUCGGGACAGUUUGUCAUAGAGGAGAUCACCGGAGUGAUCCGACUGCACAAUAAAGCUAUCACGCUGGACAGGGACAAGUACGAGUUGAACGUCACCGCGAUGGACGACGGCGCUUGCUGUGUCAACGGGGACGCCACCAUCCACACCAGCACCGCCGUCGUCGUGGUUUUCAUCACCGACGUGAACGAUAACAAGCCGAUUUUCAAGGACUGUGGGACUUACUACCCGAAAGUGGAGGAGGGGGCGCCGAACGGGUCGCCGGUUAUUAAGGUGCAUGCCACUGACGAGGAUAAGGGGGUGAACGGGCAGGUGAAGUAUUCGAUCGUGCAGCAGCCCAAUCAGAAAGGCACCAAGUUCACUGUUGAUGAGGAGACGGGAGAGGUGUCGACGAACAAGGUGUUUGAUAGAGAGGGGGAUGACGGAAAGUUCGUAUCGGUGACAGUGAAGGCGACGGAUCAGGGAGAGCCGUCCUUGGAAGGAGUUUGUUCGUUUACGGUGGAGAUUACUGACGUCAAUGAUAAUCCACCGCUUUUCGACAGACAGAAAUACGUGGAGAACGUCAAACAAGACGCCAGCAUAGGAACCAACAUCCUGCGCGUCUCAGCUUCCGACGAAGACGCGGAUAACAACGGCGCCAUCGUUUACACCCUCAACGCGGGUUCAAAUCCAGCCGACUUGGAGUACUUCGAGAUACAGCCCGAGUCGGGCUGGAUAGUGCUGAAAAAGCCCUUGGACCGAGACAGGUACCGUCUGCGCGUGCGCGCUUCGGACAGAGGCUUCCCACCAUCCUACGCGGACGUCGACAUCGAGUUAGAUGUCGUCGAUAGAAACAAUAAGCCGCCGCUGUGGGACGAACCUGCGUACGGCCCCAUUCACAUCCGAGAAAAUGUCACAGUGGGCACAGUAGUGACAUCUGUGAAGGCAAGGUUGGUAUCGGGCGGCCGUUGGAGUCGGGCCCGAUCGUCGUCCCGCGGCCCGAGGGUGGGGGGGUCGCGAUGGGGAAAGGCCCGGGACGGCGGUCCGCCCUAG